UUUCUCUAUUGAUUUGAUUGAUUCGUGUGUUUAUUCGUCAUUCGUGAGAUUAUUUAUUUUUAUGGUGUAUCUAAUGAUAAAAUCAUCCAUCAGGCAUUUUAGUUGUGCAUUUCUUUCACUAAACCAAUAACACAGUAAGAGUAAGAAUCAAGUUUGCAUAAGUACUUGUAGCUUAUAGUCUAUCAUUUCAGUCCGUGCAGUUGUGUUCACAUUAAUAUUAAAAUGAAUUAUGAGACAAAUAGACUUAAUACAUUUACCGAUUGGCCUUCAUCAACACCCGUAGAUCCUAUAAGGAUCGCUAAAGCAGGGUUUUUCUAUACGGGCGAAGGUACAGAAGUGAAGUGCUUUUGUUGUGGUAGUAAGAUAUCGCAGUGGAAUUAUGGAGACCAGGUGAUGUGGAGGCAUCGGCAAUUGCAGCCAAACUGCCCGUUCGUUGUGCAUCCUGAAUUCUCGGGCAAUGUGCCUUUAGUCCUGGGGCCAGACUGCCCACCAUCCAUAUACACUCGUAGACCGUCCGUGCCUCCUGACGAUGUGCAGAAUGACCAUACAUACACUGCACCUGAUUACGGUCUCACAGAAGAAGAUGAAACAUAUAAGAAUGAUGCUUUGAGACUUCUGUCUUUUAUUAAUUGGGAUGAUACAUCAGUAUCCCGCCAGGCUCUGGUUAAUGCUGGUUUCUACCACGCUGGGGAAGGUAGAUUGCGGUGCGCCUGGUGCGGUGGAGAAUUGGCCCCAUAUAACCACUUUAGCUCCGUUUCACCUCUUGAAGUGCACCGAAUGUAUUUCUCUCGGUGCCAGCACGCGGCAGGUCUGGAGGCAGCUCAGCAGGCUCAGGCCGGGAACAUCUCUACGUCUUCGUCACCGUCGCUCUCGCCAUCACCGCCCAACGAUACCCCACGUGCGCAGUCGCCUCCUACCAAUCCCAACAACUUACCGCAGUCGUCGGGUGCAGCUCACAACGAGCGCGUACUAAGCCAAGGCGGUACUUGGCGCACUCUAGGCGUUGUUGGUGGAGGUGCGAGACACCCACAGUACGCAUCGUUAGCUGCUCGCCUCGCCAGCUUCGACCGCUGGCCAGCGGACCGACAUCAAGCGCCGAGAGCACUCGCUGAAGCUGGAUUUUUCCAUACCGGGACUGAUGAUCAGGUCCGUUGUUUCUACUGCGACGGCGGCUUAGGCAAGUGGGAAGCCGGUGACACUCCGUGGUCGGAGCACGCGCACUGGUUCCCUCACUGCGGUUACGUGUUGCUUGUGAAAGGACAAGAAUAUGUGGACAACUGCAAGAAUCGGACUUCUGUGCAACGGACUGUUAGCUUUUCUGAGGGCGGCCGCAAUGCUAGAAGAAGUAACGGUGACAACUUUCCUAUCACAGAAAGUCAGGUAGAAGAAUGUAUGGAGAGUACGAUGGCAGCCGCGGCGCUGGGCGCUGGGCUCGACGCGGCUCGUGUGCGACGGGCGAUAGCCAAUAGAUUGAGAUCCGUUGGUACUCCAUUCACAUCAUCGGAGGCACUGAUCGACGCCGUCCUUGAUGACCAACUGAAUGAAGAGCCGUGGUCUAUGACGCCGCAAAGCCGAUUAGCUAGAGAUAUCUUGUCGGAAACAUUUAGAGAAUUUGCACCAAGAGCCGGAAUCCCGCCACAGCAAGUCGCAGCCUUAACGCGACCAUACGGCAGUGACCAAGGCAGCAUGACGCCAGAUGACGACGAAAACGACGAAGACGGGGACGACGAGGAUGACGCGUAUACCAUAGACGUGACAGCCCGUAGACAAUCACCCACCACAGAGACUGAAAGCCGUACCACAGAUAAUACAGUACAAGCUGAAGUUAAGAGUGAGGAUAAACAAGACACUCCUGAGCCUGAAGGAAAGAAGUUGUCUUUAGAAGAAGAGAAUAGACAGUUGAAGGAAGCUAGGUUAUGUAAAGUGUGUAUGGAUUGUGAGGUGAGCGUGGUGUUCCUGCCGUGCGGUCACCUGGUGUCGUGUGCGCGGUGCGGCGCGGCGCUGGGCGCGUGUCCGCUGUGCCGCGCUAGUGUGCGAGCGCUGGUACGCGCCUACCUCGCCUGACCCGCUACACGCGCUACUGCCAGAUUUUAUUUUCAGAUCAAACGUCGUGCUAUCGAAAACAUGGUACUACACACUCUCGACCAUUAUUACAUCUUUAUACAUAAGCUGCGGGUGACUAGCUCAUUAGUGCUAUCGAAUAAGUUUGGGUAAGCAUGCUGUAAAUAUCCGUUACUUUAAUACUGGGCCUACAUUAGAUGUAUCCAUUAAAAUGAAUAAAAACAAAAAAAUAUCACGAAAUAGAAAAAAAAAUGAAAAAAACGUACUGACAUAUAAAUAAUAUUUGCAAUAGAAAAAAGAAAACAUCGAGUUUAAGAUACUCAAAUUAAAUUCUAAGUCUGUAUAAAUCUAUAGCUGAAAUGUUGCUUUGAUAAAUCUGCCUCUGAAUACUAUGGUCUAAAAGCUAAAUAAAUUGAUAAUAUUCCCCGUAUAUACUUACGCAUUUAAUUAUGCUAGUAAAUCUUACAUAAUUAAAUUAAUCUAUUCCACGUCAUUAAAUCUUCAGAAAAAAAUCUAACAAAAAAAUAUUGGACUUAUUUUUUGUCAAUGUCCAAAGAUUAAUUAUCGGUUGCAACAAUUUUAGUAUCAAUUUCGUAGUAUAACUACACUUUUACUUAUGUUACUUGUUAAACUAAUGCUAAAACUAAAAUUGAAUAAAAAUCAUUGGUAUGAUCGAAAAGUAUGGAAAUUAUGUCUUCAAGGGCCGAUUUUUAAAUCAUCAGUAAACUUCUAUCUGAGGUAUAAUAUGGCGGUUUGACAUAAAUAUAUAAAACCUCUAUAGACAACCCGUCAAACUGUCGAAACAUUCCACAGAUAAAAUUUAUUUAGCGAUUAAAAAAUCGGCCUUAAAUUAAACAUAGUCAAUCAAUAACUAUGUGUCUUUUAAGCUGAAUUUGUAUAAAUAAACUUGUCUUUUUAUAGAUUAAAAAACAAUAAUAGCUUUAUAAUACCCCGUGCCCCAAUUUCUGUGAUCAUAAAGUUAUGGUACCUACAUCAACACUAUACCUAUUUACUUAAAAUGUAAUUUUAUGUUUGUUAGAUGCGUGUGAACGAUUUUGAAUUGGUAAAAUAUGUAAUUGAUAAGUGAUAUUAUAAAACAAUAAACUGUUAACUAAAAUGAUCAAAAUUUUAAUCUUUUAAUGAGAAUUAUCAAAAAUGACUUGUAUUGUUUUACUUACAAGGAGUAAGUCAGCAAUUACCUAAAUACUACAUUGUUACAAUGUAAAGAACAUACAGAUGCCUAGGAAUCAUACAUAUUUGCGUUGCGCAACUUUAAAAUGUUAAUGAGAAUAGGCAAAAUUCGUUUGAAUUGCGAAAAAUCCGCAGAAUCUAUAUAAGUUUCCCUAACCGUCAAACGCGGAAAUUAUUAUUGGCGUAGGGGUCUUGUGUGGUCCAUAUGUAUAAUCUAUCUAUAUGUGUAAUAUUACGUUAUUUACAUAUAGGUUUACUUAAUUUAUUAUUGAUGUGUAUAGUUUUAUUGUAGGCUGUGGUAAAAAGAGAAGGCUGAACUAAUAUUUGUCAUACUGUUAACGUUUUGCCUUCUCGAAGUGAACAUAAUGUCGUAUAGAAGUUUAGUGUUAUAAGAUGAUCUGAUAUUACAACAACAAUGACUUGCUUUAUACCAACGGAAAAAGGGGGUUUUGUUUUUCGAGAAAUGACAGUUUACGUUCCUGAGAUGUUCUCUUGUUUUAAUAUAACAUCUUUUAUUGUAGGUGGGUUUGUUAUCGGUCCAACAAUUAUAUAAAAAGGGGCCUUUAUGCCUGUAAUGUUUAAGCCCUCCUUUGGCCUUAGAUAAAGUGCAAUUUGACUGUUCUACAUGUAAGUAAGUGUACUUGGUGUGAAGCAAGCCAAUAAAAUGGUGCCUACAGAACGUCGUUUGUUACGGAUCUGUCUUGUUAGGGUGAUAUCGCACUGGCGUAUGUCAAGUUAAUACUCAAACGCUUGCUUGGCACGAUGUGACCCUAACGAUAAAAGUAAGAUCUAUGGCCUUAGUAUACACAGCCUAUCUUGAGAAUAACGUGUAAGCGCCAUUUAUGAUAAUACGAUUGUACGUCAAGUAAGUAAUUGGUAUUGUUACGUUGUAGGUACGUAGGAUAGUUUGUAAAACAGUGUCAUUUUUUAAUAUCAUGGUACUCAAAUACACUGGUUUGAAACCUCACCAAUGGUUUAA